AUGAAAAAGAUGUUGCUUUUGACUGUGGUUUUCGUUCUUCUGACAACAACCUCCGCUCAAACUACCACGGAAGUGACUACCAUGCAAACAGUUGCAUCUCAGGGCGCCUUGGAUGGAUCGAAAAUUCAAAACGCCAACUCUACCAGUUUUGACUGGUGGUACUUUGAAGCUCUCUCCGACGAUAGCAAAUCGUUCAUCACCGUCGUAUUCAAUCUUGGUUCAGAGAACUUUGUGAAUAUUGAUGCUUUGUUUGCAGAUGGCUCGCAGUUUACUACCACCAUCUAUACUGAAGGAGCCAUCAUUGAGAAUCUAGGUCAAGGGUCUUAUGGAAAUUUCAAGAACUCUGGAUGCUCUUGGAUCACCUCUCCUGAUCUGCGUUCAUCCUCCGUCAAUUUACAAAACUCCACUGCUGGUGUUGAAGGAGCACUGCGGUUCACCUCAGUUGCCCCAGCACAUUACCCGUCAGAUCUAUGGAAUGUCGUCGAUGCCUCGGAGCUGAUAAGUCCAUCCCUCGGAUGGGCCAAUGCGAUUCCCAAUGCGCAAGUCUCGGUGGAUUUGAAGCUGAAUGGAACAUAUCUUAAAUUCCAUGGCGUGGGAUACCACGAUAAGAAUUGGGGUGUGACUGCUUUGCCAUCAAGUUCGAGAAGUUGGUACUGGGGACAUGCAAGUGUGGGUCAGAUGUCACUUGUAUGGUUCUAUUUCCUAGGUCAGGAUAUGCAAACCUAUACCAGCGGCUAUCUCAGUGAAGGAGGGAGAAUUUUGGCAUUGGGGGAUAACGUUGUUGUUCGUCCCAAUGGUCCUAAUACAAGCUACCCUCCAUUGAUAGGCGGUUCGGUGCCCACGAGUUUUAGCAUCCACAUCAAGGACAAAAAUGGUGAAAAAUACCGGUUUGAAGCAAGCGGGAACGUUACUAGUACGUUGGACAUGGGCGGCACACAAAACGCAAAUGGUUAUACGAGGUGGAUUGGAAGAGUUAUUGGGGGGCUUGAUGGUGGAAGGAACUUCAGUGGCCCAGCAGCGUGGGAGUGGAUGCAUUUCUUGGACUACUCCGUGUGA